UGAGGCUCACUGGUUGCCAUGGCAAUUAGUGGGCCCAGAGAGGAUUCAGAAGCUGGGAGCGAUUCUGCCAUUUGACCACCCAGGAAUACAAAUGGCAGCCGUCGCUUCUGAGGUGACUUUGGCGUGAGCGGGAAGGGGCAUCUGAGGAGAGUAAACACCAAUUUGUCAUCUGCUCCAAAGUCCUGCGUGGGAGAACCCCUACUGGGGGAGCAGAGAAUCAGCCGACAGAGCAGCUAAUCGUAGACAGAUGGCGGCCAAAUUGGUCCCCCAGGUCAGCAUCGGCGAUUCACCCAGCAUCCCUUCCGAGCCCCCAGCGGGGCAGAAGCUCUCAAGUACCGGCAAGGAUGCCGAGGGGGGGAGUGAUGCCGGAGGGGAAACACCCAGACCUCCGGCGAGUCCCCAGAGCGGUAAAGAGUCCCACGGAGAUUUGGCACAGACGGAUGGCCAGAAGACCAGCUGGGUUCCCGUGGAGAAAGGAGACCAGGCACGGUGGGAGGCGGAUCGGGUUGAGGAUGCCGUGCCCAUCUUCUCUUCUCCGGCAAUCCCGCCGCAAGAUCAGAGUCUUCAGGGGAUUCUCCCUGGAAGCGUCCCUCAGACUUGGCACCCGGGUCGAGGACUGGAGCCCACGGUGCCCUACCUCUGCCCGGAUGUCUGGCAGGUCGGUAGAGCCGGAAAGAUUGGGUCCCUUCAUCCAGAGCUGCCCAGCAGAGAGGCCGAGAACAGCUUGGAGAAAUCCCAGCCAGGGAAGGAGCUCGGCCAGGACCAAACGGACGACCCGCCGGCCCUUCGCCAACUUCCUGCCCUGAAGCGGGUGCCGCGGGCAGGGCCGCUCUGGCACCCUGUGAGGCUGGCCCCACUGCCACCCCGCUCGGAGAGGGUCAGUGAGCCCCUUCCAGCAUUGGAGGCCCCGGACCCCCCACGGCCAUGCUCCUGGAGCCCUGUUGUCACCGAGGAUUCCAGCCACCCUCCCCGCAUUGAAGGUCCCUCAGUGGCCACUUCCCAGCAAGUCUGUGGCCGCUUUCUGGCCUGGGUCCGAAAAACCUUCUCUGGACCCACCAGGAGGGAGCCGCAGGAGGGGGAUGACACUGAGGCUGGCGGUCUGGAGGAGGAGGAAGAGGAGAAACAGGGGCCGGGGGAGAAAGAGGGCGAGCCCAGGGCCCGGCACCCCCGCCCAUGGGGGUGGCUCUUCUGCUCAGCCCGUACUCCCAUCAAUAAGGUGCAGCCCCAAAAUGGACCCUGACCCGACCCCACCGAGCUCACUGUCAAUCUCAGGUCACCUCUCGCGACACUGUGAAAUAAAAUCUUCAACAUUUGGGGUUGCCGAGGCCUCAUCUAAUAA